AUGUCACAUUCCGAACCUGAGGACUACAAGACUCCUUCCCGCUCCACGGACAUUGCGGGUUUAAUUGCCAAGCUCACACCGAAUGCGCAAGCAGCACGAGCUUCUCUAGAACAGCAAGUACAAAAUGCCUCGGCGGAUGGACGACGUACCUUGAGAACUCUGAUUGACCCCCAACUUCCAACCCGACCUUUUACGUCCAAAACAUCGAAAGGAAAGAACCGGAUGACUUCUAUCGAUGACAUCCAAGAGACCGUUUUUCAACCAAGGAUCACUGGACCUGAAGCAACAAAGAGAGACGCUAGGCCGACGUCAAGACAAGAGGCCCAUCGACACAUGGACAACCCGCCCCACUUGCAGGAGAAGUCCGAUAUAGCGGCGCUCAUUACAGAACUUCGAGAGCAGCGUAUAUCGGACCGCCAUUGCUUGGUUAAAGAAGAAGAACGCUCGAGAAAGCGCGCUGUGUUGGAUGAACAACUGAAGAUCUUGAAUGUUGUCACCUCCAUGCGAAAGAAAAACUUGGCGAUGCAGACUACUUCAUCUCCAGUGGAGAACACCCCGGAGAGGAGGUUUCGGAACGCAUGCAUCGCGCUAGGAAUCAUCAAUGUCUUGAUCCACCCUGACCUCCUAUGGGAUGUAAUCAGACUAGACGCAGCCAGCGACGUCUACGAAAAACUUGUCUACAAGUUCCGGUCUCUCAGCCAAGAAGCUCAACUCAAUGCGUGGAACCAAUUCAUCAACAUCAACCCUGAGAACACCACCAGUACUGCUGUGCUCUACUCCGAGUUCAACGACGCGAUAAAAUCAUUUGUAGAAAUGGAGAUUUCGCUUACCGCUGACGAAAUCAUGGGAUUGAUCUUGCAAUCCAACAUCAAAAAUCCUACCCUCAAGUCUAUCGUCGAUUGCAAGGUAGAUGUUUUGAUGAACGCCAGGGAUGCAACCCCAAAUCCUCAUCAAAGUCACACGCCAUCCUUUGCUGAACUCAUGAAGAUCCUCGACACCGCUAGAGUAGAGAUGAACUUGGAAAACCGGCUCAAGACAAGCGAAACAACCACGUUCAGGACUCUUGUCGACACAGACGGUGGUCACGAUGAACACAAUACCACUUUGUCAAAGGAAGUUGACAUGUUAGCAAUUUCGAAGAAGAGCCACUGCUACAUCUGCAAGAAGGAAGGACACAUCGCGCCCAACUGCCCCGUCAAGAGACGAGGACAAUCCUUUGGUCAAACACCUCAAGCCCGGGCGACAAAUACUCCCUACCCCCCGUCAACGGGCCACUACGCUACACUACGCUAUUUGACCACUAACUGUUAG